AUGGUUGCUAAGGGGAGUUCAGGACCGAGACAGCUCUCCAUAAGCAUCUCUGCGACUGUUUCAGAGGCCUGUAAUGACAGGGGAUGGUUACUAAGGGGAGCCCGCUCUCCUCUAGCUGAGGAACUGCAGACUUAUCUCACCACUGUUCCCUUUCCCACUCUAAAUCUAAUGGACGAUACCCCCACUCUAAAUCUAAUGGACGAUACCUAUGUGUGGGACAUCAACGGUGAUGAAUUGCAAGAAUUCUCCACCAGCAAAACCUGGGAAGCUGUUCGAAACAGAGAACCAGAGCAGCAAUGGACACAAAGCAUCUGGUUCAAGGGUCAUGUCCCCCGACACGCGUUUACUGCCUGGGUUAUCUACCAAGAUCGCCUUCCCACCAGAUCAAGGCUGCUGAAAUGGGGUAUGAACAUCUCUCCCUCUUGUUGUUUAUGCGAUGCAGCGGUGGAGGACAGAACCCAUNNNUGCGCAGACUUGGAUACUCUUUCAGGGCAUUCCAUACUUGGACCUCCUUCACCGAAUGAGUGUCACUUCGUGAUACAGUCACCAGCAGGACUCUAA